ACACCCUCUUGAGUAAUGCAGCUGAAUUUAGAGGUAGGAUUCAGUAGCAGCACUCAAGUAACCACCGGAGCAGUUUUUACUCGCUGCGGCAACAGCGAAGGGGAUCCUGAAUCUCACUUCCAUGUUGCAAUGCACCUUGGAGCAUGGAGUUGGACCUGCCCCCGGAGAAGGAAAUGCCAGCAGCUACAUCUGGGCAAGCUUCCUAAUUUGCAGUGAAAUGGCCAUUCGCUUCCUUUCCUUUAUCAUCUUCUCUUUGAUGCCCCUUUUUGUCUCAGGCACAUUACUGCCAGCACCUCAGAACAUCACAAUACUGUCCACCAAUAUGAAGCAUUUUCUGGUAUGGAAGCCGGUGAUCUUGCCCAAAGAAACUGUAAAAUAUUCAGUCGAGUUUCAAGGGGAAUAUGAGAGAGACUACGGCAAUGACAGCUGGAUUCCCAUUGGAGAGUGUACGGGCAUUAGUGUUACUCAGUGCGACAUCACAGAAGACGUUUCUGCCACUGUGCCGUACAAUCUACGAGUUAGGGCCGCUCUGGGGACCCAGGUCUCACGCUGGGCCACUCUCGAGAGGCUCUUCAAUCGUAUCACAACAUCCCUUGUUCCACCUAUGUUGACUGUCACAGCUGAUGGAUAUCAUUUGCUCGUGGAGCUCGAGCGUCUAGGCCCUGCCUUUGAAUUCUGGGUAUUUUACUGGAGGAAAGACCAAGAGCGCAAGGUGCACCGCAAAGUGGUGAGAGACAGCAGCAUUGCCAUACAUCUGGAGACCAUGGAAGCGGGAGCUGAAUACUGUAUUAGAGCCCAGACCUACGUUGAGGCCAUUAACCGAAGUAGCAAUUUCAGUGAUGUGCAGUGUGUGACGGCUGGAGACAGCAAAGCCAUAUGGGUGACUUUUGCCCCACUCUUCUUGGUUGUCUUCGUUGCGACGGUUUUGGUGCUUCUUUAUAUCGUUUGGAAAAUCUGCCGGAUCUGCCAGUAUUCCUGCUGCCCCAGUGUGGGUCUGCCAGACACGUUGAAACUCACAGAAUCACCUGCUAGGAUUCUAAAUUACAAAGGAGAGGACAUGGAGAAAUGUGAUGAGUCUGUGCAAGUGCUGGGCCCUGAAGAGCUCCUUCUCCACUUUUGGAUUCAUGACACCCUUUAAUAUCACAUUGAAGAUGC